CAAGCGGAAAUGGAGUCUUCAGACAACGCUGACAAAACUCCACCAGAUGGGAUUCAGCUUGUUCUUUCGCGUAGUUAUCGAGGAAGUCCCGAACACACAAUCUAACGAUAUGAUGAAAGUACCGCAUGUAGGUAGCCAGCUUAUUAUAUGUCAAUGUGUACUGCUUUGUAGGCAGUGGUCUUGUUACACGUAAUGUGUACUGCAUUUGGAUCGUAAGAUCAUUACAUCUCAAUGUCUUAGUGUAUGUAGGUAGUCAGCUUAUUACACAUUAUUGUGUACUGCUUAUGGGUAUUCAGCUUAUUACAUGUCUAAUGUGAGCUUCAAGUUGUUAGUCAGCUGAUUUCAUAUUGUACUCGAUGUAGAUAAACAGCUGAUUAUAUGUCAAUGUGUACUGCAUACAGUUACUCAGCUUAUUAUAUGUUAAUGUUGAAAGCAUGUAGGUAGUGAGCUAUUUCAAUUUGUACUUAAUGUAGAUAUUUUGCUUUUUAUAUAUGUCAAUAUGUAAUGCAUGUAGGAAGUAAUCCUAUCACACUUGAUUGUACAUUGUUUUUAGGUCUUUUGCUGUUUUACAAUAAACAAAAAAUGAUUAGGAAAUCUUAUAGUUUAUUAGUUGACAAUGUGCAAUGCAAAUUAUGUUUCUAUUUCCUACAACAUUUAAGUUCAAGCCAAAUGAUGUAACAACAUACAUGGACUGGUUUUACCUAGCUGGCAUUACCUAUCGUGCUUUUAUGAUCGAUUACAUUAUAAAAAAGGCGUAUGCAUUGGGUAACAUCACUGGAGAUGUCCAAUCAAAAGCUGAGGCGAUACUCAACUUCUUUGAUUCCCUGGUAGGUUGUGACAUCAUAGAUUUAUGCAUAGUUUUAAAAAAAUAUUUGAACCACGCGACAUCACAGAUCUAUCUUUAGUUUUCUAACAUAUUUUAAGCACUUGACAUCACAUAUCUUUCUUUAGGUUUUAACAUAUUGUAACCACUUGACAUCACAGAUCAAUCUUUAUGUUGAUACGAUAUUUAAAACCACGCACCUUUCAAUAAAAUUGAGUCAAUUUAAUUUUAUCGUCUAGUUCAUAAUAAUACAAAGUGAACGCCUUAAGAUUCUCUCCAUUGUGAAAUAGUUCAUAAAAUUUGUUCUCCAUUUUAUCGCUUCUUUGUUACACACGUCGUUAAAAUACGUCAGUUCUAAAUAUUUUUUUUCUUCAAUUUUACAAAUAGUCAAAAUAGAUGUGUUAUCUAAACUGUCCAAAUACUAUAAAGUUGUAUGUUGUGGGCAUCCCCCAAAUCACCGAUUACGUGUUAGACGUAGUUAAAAAUCGUAUAGUUGAUAGUUUAAGUGUCCCGGGCUUCACAGCUCUCACGUUUCAAUAUUGUUCGAGUAAAAAGUGUUUUUUUUUUAGUUCAUUCUCUUAAGUCUUUGAGAUACAAAGAAGAAAUACAAUUACACGGACAUUACCUAUUAUCAUUAUGAUGAAAAAUUCAGACAGAAAUUCAUAUCUGCCAAGUAACUUAUACGACGGAAAACCGUUCUUUACAGCAGGCAGCUUACGUUCAGGCAUUCAAACGAUUUAUCGCCCCAGAGAUAGAAGUGAUCUCCAUCGGCAAGUUGCAGCAAAAAAUAGGCUCUUUG